AUGGAGUUGGUGGAAGAUUAUGAUCUAGAUAUAGCUUACCACCUCUGUAAAGCUAACUUUGUGGCGGAUGCUCUGAGCAGGAAGCGGGCGGCUUCUUCUCAGGAGCAGGACAUGGAGUCUCUAGUGAGUGAGAUCAGUACUGGUGAGAGUGAUGUGGGGCUGGUGGACGCCUCUAAGGCUGCAGGCUCAGAGUAUCAUGUCUCUGUUAAUGGGACUAUCUUGGUGCAUGGUCAGGUUUGUGUGUCCAACGAUGAGGGUCAGAGACAGAAAAUUCUUAAAGAGGUUCAUUCGAGCAAGUUUUCUGUUUAUCAAGGAGCGACCAAAAUAUACCGUGACCUUAAACGGUAUUAUCAUUGGGCCGGGAUGAAGAGGGAUGUCGCUAGUUGA